GAAUCGACUCUUCCCGGAAUCGACUCGCAGGCAGAGAGAGCCGGAGCGCUGCGCGAUGUGCCCGCUGAGGACAGAAAGAAUGCGCUGAACCCGCAGAGUGGACAUGAACCAGUGUCUCCAUGAUGAGUCAAACAGAGGUGGAGAUGGCAGGGCCGAGCAGCAGCAGCCUCAGCACGCGAGCGGUGAAGAGGAAGGGCUGGGGAGGCCUGCGGCAGCGCUGGAAGCUCCUGGGUGUCUUCGAAAUCGAUCAACAGCAUGAGUUCUACCCACUCACCUGCAUGAUGAAGGAGGGCCUGGCCGCUGCUGUGCAGAACACCAUCGACAACUCGAUACCUAACGAACUCUCUGAAGAUGAUUACCAACUGGAGGUGACACAAAUCCAUAAGGACUUUAGGAUGGAGACGUUUGCAGGACCGGUGUUUGCCAGCCUGCGGCGCUCUCUGGGGAUGACGGAGAAGGAGUAUCAGCGUUCUCUCUCCUCUGAAGGCUGCUACCUGCAGUUCAUCAGCAAUUCAAAGAGCAAAGCAGAUUUCUUCUUAACGAAUGAUAAACGGUUCUUCCUGAAAACACAGAGCAGAAGGGAGAUUCGAUUUCUUCUAACGCAUCUGAAGCAGUACAUAGAACAUCUGGAGAAGUAUCCCCACUCUCUCCUGGUGAAGUUUCUAGGUGUUCAUAGCAUCAAAAUCGGCCAUCAGAGGAAGUACUUUAUAGUGAUGCAAAGUGUCUUCUAUCCUGAUGAAAGAAUAUGUGCCAGAUAUGAUAUCAAGGGCUGCGAAUUGAGCCGGUGGACGGACCCAGCACCCGAGGGGACUCAGGUCAUUGUUGUUCUCAAGGAUCUCAAUUUUGAGGGGAAGUUUAUCACAUUAGACCAACAAAGGCACUGGCUGUUACGUCAGGUGCAAAUCGACACAUCCUUCCUGAGGACACUGAAUGUACUGGACUACAGCCUCCUGCUUGCCCAUCAGCCCCUGCACCAGGACGAGCGACACCCCAGCCUGUCCUUCGCCACCCUCAUCAUGCGCACUAAGAAAUCUCUGACUUUGCUUUCCACAAGACCAGUGGCAGGCAGGUCAGUGAACACAUGUUCCCGUGCUGCUGUCCCAGGAGUGGUGCCUGAUGAAGACUCAACCAUCCAAACAACAGAACUAGAUUCAGGGACAUCUCAGGGUCAGAUCACAGAGACGUCCCAGUCAGAAUAUAAAGAGCAAAAAGACGUGGUCUCUAAGGUCGGAACGGAAUCGGCGGAACUGCUGGAGUUUCAGGCUCAAAACAGGCGGCUGCUUCCAAACUUUAAAAACCCGAUUCACGUAAUAGACGGGCCAGAGGAGCGCUAUUUCAUCGGCAUUAUCGACAUCUUCACUGUUUAUGGCUUCAAGAAGAGGCUUGAGCACCUGUGGAAGAGGCUGCGAUAUCCUGGGCAAAGUUUCUCCACCGUCAGUCCUCCUGCUUACUGUCUGAGACUGUGCCAGUGGGCACAGGACCAUACCAAGUAGAUGGUGAUUUGUGGGGAGGUCUAGUAAUAACUGGAACAGAUGUGCUGAAAAAUAUGCUGUAUAUACACACGGAUGGUCAUACUAAUGAAAAGUGAUGAGAAUGCCUAAAAGUGAAAAGAAAUAAGAAUGCCUACGAGUGUUGGUAGGCAUUUAACCACAAUAAUGAUAUAAUAGCUUACUACUAAGAGUUUGGGUUUAAAAAUAACACAACUACAAGCACUACAAUCCCUGCAAAACGGCAUCUGAGUUAUUCUUUUAGUUCAAUAAUAAUAGUAAAGUUGCUACGAAGUUGUAAUUUAAUUUGUUUAAUAAUUCAUUUACAAAUGUUUAACAUUUAAUUCUAAAAAGUUUAAUAUAGAAUAUGAUGUAAGGAUCCAAAAAAUAUCCUUUUUGUGCUAACAUUUUGGCCACAUCUGGACAUCUGAAUUUAAAUGAAUUGUUCAGUGUAACAAGUGUGGUAUUAAUCUUGCCAGUUUUUUUUCCUCUUUUGAAAUGUUAAACAGCUACAAAAGUCCAAAGAAAUGGUGCCUCUGCUGCAUUUAUUUUCCAAAGCCAUGCAAAUGAGAAUACUGUAUGAACUAUACAUAAUUAGACCUGAUAUGCAGCACAAUAAAGGAGAAAGCAUUUUCA